UUUAAUUAGGGAAGGGCGACCGCAGACAAACAAAUUGAAGGCUCGCGACAAAAAGACAACAAUUAUUAAAAAUUCCAAUAUACUGUCAAAGUCGGAAAGGGUAAGCACAGUAAGUUAGUUUUUUUAUUUAUUUUUUCCUUUUUACUGCGAAUUUUUCUACAUAAUUGUGCAUAGCGAAAGCUCGUAUUGUACUUAUAAAAGAGUAAAAAAUUUAAGGCGAUCGGUUGAAGGUGUUUCAUAAGAAUUUCGAUUUAAAGUUCGUUUACAAAUAUAUAAAGCGAUACUAAAUUUUCAACGUAGGCUAUUGUUUUGAAGAAUAUGUAUGUCUCAUCAUUCCCAAUAUAAUUUCGCGGUUUGUAGUAUUAUAUUUUGAGGCGUUGAAAUAAGAAAUUGUUUCGAGUUUGCAUUGUUGUCGAAAAGUCAAUAGUCUGAUAGACGUAAAAGCCUUCAAAAGUAAAUAUUUGAGAUUAAAUUGACCGAUCUUUCGUCUUGUAGCGACGCUUUCUACAGUAUUAUUUUUGAACAAAAAGUACUGCAUAUAUAAACUAAGAUAUAUGUGAAAGUCGGGGAGACAAUAUGAAAUAUUUUCCCACCACACAAUAGUUUUUUUGACGUAUAUAAGUCCUCGAUAUUUACUAUAUCCUGACAGUUCUUAAAUAAAGGACUCUUUGUAGGGAAACAUAUUUUAUAUUCCUGAACUUCCGUUGGAUUAAAAGAACCCAAGGAUUAUAACAUUAAACCGUUUUAAUUUUAUUGCAGUUUAAUAUCUUUAUUAUUUCAUAAUAACUUUGGAUCGUUGCGGUUUGGAUUAAACCAUUAAUAAAAAAACCCAGUUAAGUUUUACUCUAGUUUACAACUUUACAUUAUACUGUGUGGGAUUUGAACCGUCGAUCAAUAUAUAGCACUAAUGCUCUUAGUCAGCUGAGCUACUGGGUCAAGUCGAUAUAUUCAGGCAAUUUUGGGUGUUAUUAUUUCUGCCUAUUUGAUCAGGAAAUCAUGCAGAGAGCAUUGUCUGAAAAUAAGUGGAGCCAAGGUCUAUAGUCGUACAGUUAAAUUCGAUUUUAAUUAAAGUUAAUUAAAUUAUUAACACUGUGGCUUAAUGCAUAGUAUUAUGCAUGCGUACAUACAAUAUUCACGUAACUUUUAUGGACAAUAAUUUUUUUGUACCACACUCUAGCGCCUACUCUAACCCUAACCAUUCUGGCGGCGUCUUAUUUGCAGGUAGAAAAACUCUUACACAAUACAUUUGAAAUUCCACUCCCGGAUACGACCCGGGCAAUAGCAAAUGCAGUGGCGUAAUAUUAUAUCAGGGGGCCCCGGUUCAAAAUUUAUCAGAGGCCCUGGCCAAUGUUUUUGCUCUAUCGCCUAAGCCUGGGGGCCCCCAUUUAGCCCAUUGGGGUUGGGGGCCCCCCGGGUUCUCCCAGUGUGAGCCCAUAGUAAUUACGCCACUGAGCAAAUGCAAGGCAAGUGCCUUGACCACUCGACUAACUGAGGAAUUGCAUGUUUAAAGAACGAGGAAAACAAUUUUGUUGGAUCUAUAGCCAUAUAACUUAAAGUUCCGGUGUCGACACAAUAACCACAGCAUAAACAUUAAAUACCCGGUCUACACUUUUCCAUCUGAAGUUAGACAUAUUACAAUGAAAUUGCAGCUUAUUAUGGAUAAUUUUUUCCUAGAAUAGUUGAAACAUAGCAAUGGCAGCAGAUUACAUUGGGUUUGCAAACCUUCCCAAUCAAGUUCAUAGAAAGUCAGUGAAGCGAGGUUUUGAAUUUACUUUAAUGGUAGUUGGUAAGUGAAAUGACUUGUUAACCCAUUGACACCAAUUAAACCCUGCCCCUUGACAAGUAAAAUUGUCGGAUGUUAGACAGAGUAAAAUAAUAAACUAGGGCACGUACAUUCGGGCUCAAUGCAAGACGCGAAAGUCUAUAACCAUUUAUUGAGGUCAAUGUAGCUCUUUCUCCUUAGUUAUUUUAAUUACGAACAUGAGUAGACAUCCAAUCAACUGAUUGCACCCAGGUCCAGUGGCAGAAAUCUCGGUGGGGCAGGGGGACGGCCGCCCCCCCCCCCACCUUCCUGGAAAAUGACGAAUUUUCAGAAAUUUUUACCCAUAAGAGGGCUAAAAACAGCCUUUUCUAGUGCAAAUGGGGGGGGUGUCGGAAAUUUGAUAGUUUUGUCGGAAAUUUAGAAGGCUUGCCCCCCCCCCAGGAAAAAGUGAAUUUCCGCCACUGACCAAAUAUAUGUUUAAUUUUGUUGUGGCAUAAAUUAAUAAAUAGUCCACUUUAUAUAUAUUGUUGUAAAGUUACAUAAUUCAAUCUUUCAGGUGAAUCUGGCUUGGGAAAAUCGACUUUAAUAAACAGUCUGUUUCUUACCGACCUAUAUUCAGACAGAGAUAUUCCACCCGUAUCAGGUUUGUUGAUCUUCCUCAAUGGCAAAGUAUUAAAAUUUUUGACAAUUUUCAAAAUUUGUUUAGUACUUGAAAUUCUUCAAUUCUUCUCUCCUUUCUCCAUUCUAAACUUUCAAACAAAGUUAUAUUUUCCUCAACCUGGUCUACUUUAUAGCCUGGUUAUUUUUUUAAAACAACAUACUAUUUUGUAAAACUGAUUUGGUUAUUUAAAUCUUGAAGUUAUCUGUGAAGAAUGAAAGUAGUGAUACAUUAUAAUUUGGUUACAGAGUUCAGUUGUGUUGCUAUAUCUAAUUUGGAUGAUUUUAAGACUCCCUCCCCACAGUCACUAGCGCAAAAAUGUUCUGAAAGCCAUGGCAUAAGAUUUUAUCUUGUUUUUUGUUCCCAUCCAGAGAGACUCAAAAAGACAGUUGACAUUGAAUCAUCGACAGUUGAAAUAGAAGAAAGAGGCGUCAAGCUAAAACUGACGGUCGUUGAUACUCCUGGUUUUGGUGACAGUCUCGAUAACUCUGAAUGGUACAUAAUGAAAUUUUCAAACAACUUUGUGAAACAAACCAAACUCCCUUUACUUUGACUGUUCAGGUCAUAAAUCAUAAUUAUCACAGCCAAUGUCUGUUUGGUCAUGGUCACUGGAUAAUAUACAGCAGAAAGCAGUUUACUCCACAAAAAAUUAACCUUAACUGUAAUUUCUGUAAUUCAAACCGAAAGCAUCCUAUGCUGACAUGUCACUGCAGUAGGGAUGUGUCGAAUACUGCAUUGCCGGAACCAAAUAAUAACUGGAUACUGAUGGUGGUACUUGGACAAUACGUCAUUAACUUUUUGUCGUAAAAUUGUCCAUUAUCUGUUCAGUAUGUGGCACACAGAUCAUCCAACAAUAUACAACAGAGUUACAGAGAGCAGUUUACAUCACAAAAAACUUAACCGUAAUUUCGUUUUAAUGUGUCACAUGUCUGGUAGACUAGUUGUUUGUGUUUCACAAAAUCUUAAUGCAAAACAGAUGGUUUUGUGGUUAUAAUAAAAGUUCCAGUAAUAUCCGGUAAUUAUUUGUCAAACUUUCUACUGGAUGUCUAUAUUUUGCUGGUUACUCCGAUACUGGUAGCCAGAUCCGGCACAAUCCUUAGACUGAGGCAAAAUUCUAAUCAAAACCGAGUCACAGAGGUUACACGCACACUUCCAGCAUAUGCAUGUACCACAUUUCUCCCCCAAAGUUUCCCUCCAGUACAAUAUCUAAUUAUUUUUCAGUUACAAACCGAUUCUGGACUAUGUCAACAAUCAGUUUAACACCUAUCUGAAGGACGAGUCUGGGCUCAAUCGAAGAAAUAUUGUUGACAAUCGAAUUCAUUGUUGUUUUUACUUUAUUUCGCCCACCGGGUAAGUCGCAAAUGAAAAUGAAAAAAAUACUGAAAUAAUUGGCAAAUUUCAGUAAGCAAGCAAGUGGGCUAGCAGAUGAU